AACAAUCAAGAAAUGGAAGACAACCCACCGCCAUCCACCAACCCCUAUGGGAACUACACGGUGGUUGACACUGCAGCCAAGGAGAUCCUCCACAUGGUGCAUGAGCAUUGGUACCAGUUCCCUCCCAUGAACCCUCUCUGGUAUAGUUUGGUUGGAUUCUGGAUCGUGGUUAUGGGAUCCCUCUCCCUGGCUGGAAACUUCGUCGUCAUCUGGGUCUUCAUGAACACCAAGUCCCUUCGAACGCCUGCUAACCUACUGGUCGUCAACCUGGCUAUAUCCGACUUCCUGAUGAUGUUCACGAUGUUUCCACCUACGGUAGUUUCGUGCUACUGGCAAACCUGGAUACUGGGACCUCUCUUCUGUGAGAUCUACGGAUUUUUGGGCUCUCUGUUCGGAUGCAUUUCCAUCUGGACCAUGAUGUGGAUUACCGCUGAUCGCUAUAACGUCAUUGUGAAGGGAGUGUCUGCUGAACCACUGACAUCAGGUGGGUCAAUGUUAAGGAUUGCAGGUACCUGGGUCGCCUCUAUUGCCUGGUGCCUUCCUCCCUUCUUAGGCUGGAACCGUUACGUUCCUGAGGGCAACUUGACUGCUUGUGGCACUGACUACCUGACAGAAACUCAACUUUCAAAGAGCUACUUGUAUGUUUAUUCCAUAUGGGUGUAUCUCUUACCUCUAGCAUACAUCAUCUACAGCUAUACAUUCAUUGUCAAGGCAGUUGCUGCCCACGAGAAGGCCAUGCGAGAACAAGCCAAGAAGAUGGGAGUCAAGUCUCUUAGGAAUGAAGAAAAUCAGAAGACCUCAGCUGAAUGCCGCUUGGCCAAGGUUGCUCUCAUGACCGUCUCCCUAUGGUUCAUGGCCUGGACCCCCUACUUCAUCAUCAACUGGGGAGGAAUGUUCAACAAACCUAUUGUCACUCCUCUUUUUUCCAUCUGGGGCUCCGUCUUCGCCAAAGCCAACGCCGUCUACAACCCCAUCGUGUAUGCCAUCAGCCACCCUAAGUACCGAGCUGCCCUAGAGAAGAAGUUGCCAUGCCUCUCUUGCACCGGUGAAGGAGACAACGUUUCUGAUGUCGGUUCUGUUUCCACGGUCGAAACCUCCGAGAAAGCAGAAUCUGCUUGA